AUGCGGUCCUUUGGGCGACGUACACUCAUCUCUCUGGCGCCGGAUGCUGCUCGCCGGUGGAUUGCGUCACAGGAGCCGUGCACACCGGAGGGAAUUUGCGAGCUGCUACGGCAGGCGGAGAAGGAGCGAGAGAAGCGUGAGCUCACUGUCGAUCAGCGCAAGGUGGUGUUUACUGCCGCCAGCAGCGGUGAUCAUCGUUCGCGCAUCGCUGCUGCGGAGGCGUUCGACGUAGCGGCUGCGGGGCUGCCGCGACCACCGAACUUUUGCUACAUGACCGUUUCGGUAGAUUAUACCGGUAUGAUAGAUGCACCUGAGGUCGUCUGGUUCAACAUGUGCAAGGCGAAUGGUUUCACACCGUCCUCAGUGAAGGCUGGAGCCCUGCACAUGCUGGGAGGGAUGGUGUGUCAUCAACGCCUGGGAGGGGGCUACAUUCAAGUGAUUCUUGGCUGCAUUCCGGACUUGGAAACAGACUCAUUCACGUUCGACGCUGUUCCGGAGAAAGACGAGAUCGUGGCGGCACAUCGAACGCCGCCAGCGGUAGCCUUCGCUAUGCUUGAUACUGGCCUUGCUCUCCAGUACGAGCAGGUUCUCUCAGCGCAUCUCAGCAGUCUCAGCAGUUCAUUGGGCCAGGGGUGCCCUUUGGUUGGUGGACUGUACCCUCCUAUUGGCAGUGUGACAGAAAGCGGAGAGCAGGGUAGCAAGAUGGCGGACUCGAUCUUCUUCAUCAAUGACCGUGUUUACCGGGGCAGUGCGGCUGCGGUUGUGUUGCGCAGUAAUCUCUUGAAGGCCCACGCGACGAGUGUGGUUCCAUCGAUUUCCCUUGGGAGCGCUACUGUGACUGAUGUUGUGUGCGAGGGUGGCGUUGCUACGAUGCGGACGCUGGACAGCCGGCCUGCCACGGAGGUUGUCAAGGAGAUUUACGCACUGCCCGAAAUUGCGGAGAAGCCGAGCAAAGUAUUUCUCGGUCUGCGAUACGGCGAUGUGCAUGUGCCUGUGCCAUUCGUGGGGCACCCAGAUAGGGGUGAACUCAUCUUUUCUCUUCCUCCGGGUAUCACUUUAAGCCAAGCGGACACUGUGGAUUUUCUCGUAGAUGACGUAGAGCUAGACACGGAAAUAGCUGCAAGCCUCUUGAUCAGCAUGGAGAAGAACCUUGCGCCGAUCUUUGUCGAGAAGGACAUCAACGUUGCGCGCGAGGCGCGUCGUAAUAUUGUUGCAUCCUCCACUGCGGCAUUUCACUUCUCGCACGGUGGAUUGAACACCUUGGCCAAACCAGACGUUCCUGUCCUCAGCUUGGGCAGCAGUGGAGCAAUCUUUGCGCCGCCGAUUUUGCAGCGCUGCGUGGGCCGCUCGUGCCCGAACAGUGGCUUUUUCUCGCCUGGCCAGGUAGCCACGGUGGCAAAUCUUACCACCAUCUUUCCCCGGUCUAGCACGUACUGCUUUAUGCAGGGAACGGAGUAG